AUGAAAGGACAGAAAGGAGAGCAGAACAAACUCCUAACAGGAGGAGACUCACUCAUGGCCUAUGAGACAGAGGAUCUGGAGACUCAAUACUGCUUUCCUGACAUCAACUCAUCAUGUGUCAAGGAACAACACUCCAGUCACGGAUAUAUCAUCACAUAUUUGUUCAUAUCACUGCUGUCAGCAUGGACUGUGUUUCUAAACCUGCUGGUGAUCAUCUCCAUCUCUCACUUCAAGAAGCUUCACACUCCAACCAACAUGAUUAUUCUCUCUCUGGCUGUUGCUGACAUGCUUAUUGGCCUUAUUGUGAUGCCUGUGGAGGCCGUUAUACUGAUUGAGACGUGUUGGUACUUUGGGAACACUUUCUGUGUUCUGUAUUUAAUAUUAAUUGGGCUUAUUUUCUCAGCAUCUCUUAGUAAUUUAGUUUUAAUUGCUGUUGAUCGUUAUGUGGCUGUGUGUCACCCUUUACUGUACCCACAGAAAAUAACCAUCACUAACAUGUUAUUGACUAUCUGUCUGUGCUGGGUUUGCUUUUCAGCUUACAGCACUGCCCUUGUAAUUAAUAAUGAAUAUUUUGACUCUUCACAAAAAACAGAUGUGUGUUAUGGACGGUGUUUAAUCAUGAUGAGUUUUAGUUGGAUAGUCAUUGAUCUGUUCAUGUGUUUUAUUUUUCCCUGUAUCACGAUCAUAACUUUAUAUUUAAAAAUUUUCCAUGCUGCACAUCAGCAAGUGAAGGUUAUAAACUCUCUAAUAAAGCAUGAUAAAUGUGUAACGGAGGGUUCAGUGAAGAGAAAAUCUGAGAGUAAAGCUGCUUUAACAUUAGGAAUCGUUGUGUCCAUUUAUCUGCUUUGCUAUAUCCCAUACUAUAUCUGUUCUUUAUCUGUAAACUCCUCCACAACUAUUAAUGUUUUAAUAUGGGUUGUGUAUGCCAACUCAGGUGUGAAUCCUCUGGUUUAUGCUCUAUUUUACCCCUGGUUUAAAAAGACAGCUAAACUCAUCUUAACUCUGAAAAUAUGUCAGUCGGCAUCUUCUCUGAUUAAUAUGUUUACAGAAAACGAAUUGUAA